AUGAUCCUAGUCACAGAAAACUCAGACAUCGGGAAAGCUGUUACAAACUUGGUUUUUUUAAAAACACAAAAGGUGGCAGGAAGUACAGUGCAAAAUAUUUUAAUGCGUUUUGGCUACGCCAGAGAUUUGGUCUUUAUGCUAGGCGCAAAAAAGAAUUUGUACAAAGUGGGCCAAUUUCCUGAUCUCUUCAGCCCAUCCUUCAUUCUACGCAGUGCAUCUGGGUUGUUCAACAUUUUAUGUCACCAUACACGUUUCAGUCAAGAUAUUAAAAAGGUAAUGCCAUCAAACAGUAUUUACUUCACCAUUCUUAGGGACCCAAUCAGCACGUUUGAGUCACUUUUCUCUUUUCUCGAUAUAAGUGAAAUCCUUGGAUUUAAAGACUCCGACGGGAUAGAAAGGUUUUUCGAAAUGCCAGAAAUAUACAACAACAUUUUAAACGUAUCCGUCAGUUUGAAAAAUACAUUUUUGGCAGAUUUUGGUCUAGAUAUCACCCUGUCUGACAACUUCAGUGCCAUUUAUGAAAAGAUUUUAGAAAUUGAAGAAAAUUUUGACUUUGUUAUGAUAACUGAAUAUUUUGACGAGUCCUUGGUACUUUUGAAACAUUUGUUAAACUGGUCUUUUGCUGAUAUUGUCAGUGUCAGAUCUAAUGCUCGUCCAAAAAGGCAACACGUACGUCUUACUUUAGACAAUAUUGCCAAAAUCAACAAAUGGAAUGCAGGUGAUCGAAUACUUUACGACCAUUUUAACCGAACAUUUUGGAGAAAGGCUGAGCAGUUUGGUCUUGUUAGACUCAGUGAAGAAGUAGAACAGCUUCGGAAGCUCAACACGUACUGGGAUCGUGUGUGCUUUGACAAGAACAAAGUUUUAGAAUUGAAACGUCGAAUACCGGGGCACCCGACGACUGACCGAGAAGUGACUUUACCAAAACUCAGCAAAGCAGGUUCCAAAAUAGAAAAAUGUGUUCAGAUGUCAUUGUUCAGCCAAGAUUUCACUGAUAUUAUCUAUGCAAGUAUGAGGGAGAAAGGUCAACUUUUAGAUGAACGUUCUCCGAAAAAGCAUUUCUUACGAACGAUUACAGAGAGGCCUAGGGAAUAA